AGAGGGUGAAGAGCCUAUGAUUUGUUAUUACCAUUUCAAGUUGGAGUGGUAUCAUACUAUGAGUAAAGCAUGCUUUAAUUGCCCUUAUAAUGAGGCAGAUUGUAAGAGACCGGAUUGUAUACCCGCUGACGGGAUGAGUAGAUCUGUAAAUGUAGUCAAUAGAAAAAUGCCUGGUCCUGCAAUAGAGGUUUGUCAGCACGAUCGAGUGAUCGUGGAUGUGGAGAAUGAUCUGAUGACUGAAGCUACUACAGUGCAUUGGCAUGGGCAGCAUCAGAGGGGAACUCCAUAUAUGGACGGCACACCCCACGUCACGCAGUGUCCCAUUCCACCAGGGACCACUUUUAGAUAUCAAUUCAACGCGAGCCAAUCUGGUACUCACUUUUGGCAUUCGCAUUCCGGUAUGCAGAGGGGUGACGGAGCGGCUGGUGCCUUCAUAGUGAGAAAACCCAAGUCUCAAGAUCCGCAUGGUCCACUUUACGAUUACGACAGAUCUGAGCACACAAUGAUAGUGACCGACUGGAUUCAUGAGCUAUCUCUUGCCAUGUUCACUGAUCUUCUUCAUUCGAUCGGUGAAGGCAAACCAACAACCUUGUUAAUCAACGGAUUGGGACGAUUUAAAUACUUCAACGAUAGCUCCAAGUCUAUGUAUAUGAAAGCUGCUAGGUUCAACGUUGAACGGGGUUACAAGUACCGGUUUCGUGUGAUUAACGCCGAGUUUCUGGACUGUCCCAUUGAACUGUCGGUGGAUGGUCAUAACAUCACUGUAAUCGCUUCUGAUGGAUACGACCUAGAACCAAUUACAGCAACUUCGUUAGUGACAUAUGCCGGUGAAAGAUAUGACUUCAUAUUGGAUGCAAACAAUGAGAUAGAUAACUAUUGGAUUAGAUUGCGAGGACUCCUGGACUGUGACGAAAGGUUUACCAAGGCGAAACAAGUAAGUGUACUUCACUAUGAAGGUGCUAUGGAUUUGGAGCCACCUGGUGACCCCACAUGGGAGGUACUGCAUAAUGAAGGCCUGGAAUUGAAUGCCCUCAAUAAAGGCGAAGAAGAUGAGGACACUAUCAGUGUUGCGGGUAUGAGAUCUCUGGCUGGUUAUGACGAGAGUUUGAAGGAAAUACCCGACUAUAAGUUCUACGUGGCUUACGACUAUUACGCUAAGAACAACAUACAUUUCCACAAAUUACCUAACUAUGGAUUUUACCAAGUUCCAAAUAUGAAUAACCGCUUAUACACGCCACAACUCAACCACAUCAGUAUGAAAAUGCCGUCGAGGCCUUUCCUCCUGUCCAGACCAGCACCAAACAACUUCUGCAAUAGUUCCAGCAUUGACAGAUCCUGCGAAUAUGAUUUCUGCGAAUGUCACCACGUACUCUUUGUGAAAUUAAACUCCGUGGUUGAAGUAAUAAUUUUGGACGAAGGAGAAUUUUUUGAUGCUAACCACCCUUUCCAUCUACAUGGCCAUAGUUUUAGAGUAAUAGCACUAAGAAGGUUAGGUAAUAAAACGACAACUGAAAAUAUAAAAGCAUUUGAUGAAGCUGGACUUUUGAAAAGGAAUCUCAAAAAUGCUCCCAUCAAAGACACUGUCACUGUUCCUGAUGGAGGUUAUACUGUUAUAAGAUUUAAGGCUGAUAACCCAGGCUAUUGGUUGUUCCACUGUCAUAUAGUAUUUCAUAUUGAAGUGGGUAUGGCCAUGGUAUUCAAAGUCGGCGAACAUAAAGACAUGGAACCUGUACCAAGGAAUUUCCCAACUUGUGGUAGCUAUAUGCCUGAUAGUAUUUUUAAUUCGGAUUCGGGAUAAAAAUUAACGACAAUAAAGUUCACAAUCCGAUUUUAUUUAGCGCAAUAAAAUUACAACUACAAAAUUCACACUUCGACUUCACUUUUUCAGGUCAAUAAACUCUUCACAACACUAUUAGAUAGUUAUCGCUUCGAGUUUCGCUUCCCAUCGCUUUUGUUUUCAGUUCGCUUGUUCACUGAAGAAUGGCGGGUCAGGUAGUCCACCGCUAUCAUUCAAUAAUAACAAACAAUUGAACGUCAUCAAUCACUACACCGUUUCAAUAAAAUUAUUGAUGUUAUUUAUAACACUAUUUAGUUUCAAUUAAAUUUUUAUGU